AUGUCCGAGACAGUUAAUGACAAGAAGGAAGUGCGUGUAUGGAUCGAUGGAUGCUAUGACAUGGUUCAUUUUGGACAUGCAAAUGCAUUGCGGCAAGCCAAAGCUUUGGGAGAUAAAUUAAUUGUUGGAAUUCACAAUGAUGCAGAGAUCACAAAGCACAAGGGACCUCCUGUCUUUACACAAGAAGAACGAUACAAAAUGGUCAAGGGUAUCAAAUGGGUCGAUGAAGUUGUUGAAGAUGCGCCAUAUGUGACGACUUUAGAAACUCUCGAUGAAUAUCAAUGUGAUUAUUGUGUGCAUGGCGACGACAUCACCACAACAGUUGACGGAUAUGACACGUAUCAUUUGGUGAAGACAGCAAAGAGAUAUAGGGAAAUCCAACGUACUCAGGGCGUUUCAACAACUGACUUAGUUGGACGAAUGCUUCUGAUGACUCGAAAUCACUUCCAACAAGGAGAAUCUGAAUACAGUGUGGGAAAAGAUGACAAUUGGCUUGACAAGAAAUCUGCAAUGCCAUUUGGAGCUAUCCAAGCGAAACCCUCAAAACUUGGACAAGAUCAUGCUGCACGAUCGCCAUGGACAGGCUGUUCUCAAUUCUUACCUACCACACAAAAGAUUAAUCAAUUCAGCAAUGGAAAACCAGCCGAACCGGGUGAUAAAAUUGUUUACGUCGCUGGUGCAUUUGAUUUAUUCCAUAUUGGACAUCUUGACUUUUUGGAGAAAGCUAAAGAACAAGGAGACUUCUUGAUCGUUGGAUUGCACACAGAUCACGUUGUUAAUCAAUAUAAAGGAGGCAAUUAUCCAAUUAUGAAUCUUCAUGAACGUGUUUUGAGCGUUCUUGCAUGCAAGUAUGUAAACGAAGUCGUUAUCGGAGCUCCCUAUGAAGUCACCAAAGAUUUAAUAGAACAUUUCAGUGUCGAUGUCGUUUGUCAUGGACGAACAAUAAUCUCAGAACAGCAUGGCGAUCCUUACGAGAUUCCAAAGAAAAUGGGUUUAUUUAAGAUUAUCGAUUCCGGCAAUGACAUGACAACUGAAAAGAUUGUCCAGAGAAUCAUCAUUAACAGGCUUGAUUUUGAAAAGCGGAAUAAUAAGAAAGAAGAGAAGGAAAUUGCAAUUUAUGAGGCCAUGCAGAGAACGACAAAAGUAGCUGAAAAGUGUGGUUGA